UCCCAUCACUCUUUGUGGAUCGAGGUUUCUUUUUCUUCAACCUGUAAACUUUUAAAGCACUCCGUUAGAUGGAUCUUCUGGUUUCAGUUCUUUCUACUUUGUCAUCGCUUGCUAUUUUUUAAUCAACUUGGCCUGAUACUGGGAACCGUUUUGUGGUUUAUGUUGAGACUCAGUAGCAGUAUUGGGGAAUUUACAGUAUUUAAUCAUGUUAUUGCAAGAAGCAUUAGAUUGCUAUAUUUACCAUUAAAGAAACUUAAUUGAAUUCAGCACCGCAAAACACUAGUUGAAGCAACUGAAAUAUAUUUAAGAUCAAUUAUCAUGUUCAAGAUACUUCUAUUUCUGGGUAGAUGAUAUUCUUGCAUAAUUUGAGGUGUAUUUAUAUUGAGUGGAUCCUUUGGUAAGAAACUAAUUAGACCAUUGAUAUUCUAUUGUAAUUUCACCCUAUAUGAAGUAAUACUUACUAUAUGACACUGAGGGCUAGGAUUAUGAUUCUCGCUGGCCUCCUACUUCUUGAAAAUUUUGUCUUCAUUUAUGGGAACUUUGUGGGAUAUUCUGAUAGAUAAUAAAUUUCUAGAAUGAAUUCCAUCCUUUUUAAUUCUCCUUUUUGCUGGAUAUGAUCAUCUGGUCCUUCCUUUUCAACUUCAUAAGGGGAAUGGUAGUGGAGAAAUUUUUCCUUUUUAAGGGGGAUUUAUAGCUGGACUAGUAUCUUUAUUGUUGAAAGUAUGUGAGGGAUCCCAGGAUCAAAUCAUCUACUGUGGUUUUGAAGACUGAAAAAAAGAGAAAAAUUUGCUUCUCCAAAUGUUUCAACAAUGCAUUAGCGAUUGCCUCUGGAAUACAGUUCUGAUCUCAUAAAUUCUUCUAUCCUUGACAUAGUUAUUGACUUAUGAUUCUACAUUUCUAAGCGUGACUUUUUACGGUCAUAUAUAUAUAUAUAUAAGCUAUGACAUACGAUUUUGAUACCUUAGUUCAAAUGCCAUUCACACAUUCACAUGAUGUUCUUUCCACUUUCAACUUUCUUUUCUUGUGCAUAUAUUCAUUUAUUUUGAGCGCGGACUUUGUUUUUCCUCGUGAUGAAAGUUUAAUUUCAUGUGUGGACUUUGUCUUCUUUAUUUUGGCAAUGUUUUACCUUCACAGAACAAGAAAGAUUUUUGGGAUUUCUCUUUCUCUCAUCCUUAUAAACUUGGCUGCUAUAAUGGAGCGUGCCGAUGAAAAUCUCCUUCCUGCUGUUUACAAAGAAGUUAGUGAAGCUUUUAAUGCUGGGCCAGCUGAUUUGGGGUAUCUUACUUUCGUAAGGAACUUUGUGCAGGGACUGGCAUCACCCCUGGCAGGUGUUCUAGUUCUAAUUUAUGAUCGCCCUGCAGUGCUUGCAAUAGGGACAUUAUGCUGGGCCUUAUCGACAGCUGCAGUGGGUGCAAGCCAGCAAUUUAUGCAAGUUGCAUUUUGGAGAGCUGUAAAUGGCUUUGGACUGGCAAUUGUAAUACCAGCAUUGCAGUCUUUCAUUGCUGAUAGCUAUAAGGACAGUGUAAGGGGAACUGGAUUUGGGUUGGUAAAUCUUAUUGGUAACCUGGGUGGUAUAGGAGGUGGUGUACUCGCGACCGUUAUGGCUGGCCAGCAGUAUUGGGGCAUCCAAGGAUGGCGUUGUGCCUUCAUCAUGAUGGCAACAUUGAGUUCUAUAAUUGGAUUUCUUGUUUUCUUAUUUGUUGUUGACCCAAGGAAAACAAUGAAUAUCCAUCGUGAUGCUCUUGAAAGAGAUGAUAGGAAAGAGAUGAUAGAAAGGAGCAAUUCUAGUGUAUCUUCCAUUUGGACAGAGUCUUGGACAGCCAUGCAAGCUGUUAUGAAAGUGAAAACAUUUCAGGUUAUUGUUCUGCAGGGCAUUGUUGGAACUCUACCAUGGACCGCCAUGGUUUUCUUCACCAUGUGGUUUGAACUAAUUGGUUUUGAUCAUAAUAGCACAGCAUUCCUCCUAAGUCUCUUUGCUGUUGGAUGUUCAUUUGGGGCGCUUCUUGGCGGAGUGAUAGCAGAUCGAAUGUCACAUAUUUACCCACACUCUGGCCGGAUCAUGUGUGCGCAAUUCAGCGCCAUCAUGGGCAUUCCAUUCUCGUGGUUUCUGCUUAAAGAAAUUCCUCAGUCAGUAAGCAGUUAUUUUACUUUUGCUGUUACAGUUUUCCUGAUGGGUCUUAGUAUCAGCUGGAAUGGUUCUGCUGUUAAUGCACCAAUAUUUGCCGAGGUAGUCCCUGUGAAACACCGAACCAUGAUUUACGCAUUCGAUCGCGCUUUUGAAGGAUCACUCUCCGCUUUUGCUGCACCCUUAGUUGGAAUUCUUUCAGAAAAUAUGUUUGGGUAUGAUUCGAAAUCUAUCGAUCCAGUUAAAGGUUCUGUUCAGCAGGCUUCUGCACUGUCAAAGGGACUUCUGUCAAUGAUGACAGUUCCAUUUGGUUUGUGUUGCUUGUUUUACACCCCAUUAUACAAGUAUUUUUGGCAGGAUCGUGAAAAUGCCAGAUUGGCAAGCUUAAAAGAGGCAGAGAUGACAAGAGUAGCAUUGUAAGGAUUACACCAUCUGAUUACUGAAGCUAUGGCUUCCACAGAAAUUUUUGUUUUUUUGUGUUGAGAAUUUGAUACUUGGUUUUCCUCUGCUUGAUUGAAGCAUAUGCAUAGGGCAGCUUGUACAUUCAACAAAAUACAUGCAUGACGUUGUUGAAGUUGAA